UAGUAUUUGAUGUUAAAAACUUGACGGGCAGCAGAGAAAAGGGUUCAGCUAGGCCGGGCUGAUUGUGUCCGAGUGGGUGCCGGGGUCUCUACUCGCCAUGGGGAAAAGGGAUAACCGGGUGGCUUAUAUGAAUCCCAUAGCAAUGGCUAGAUCACGGGGGCCUGCUCCAUCUUCUGGACCUACCAUACAGGACUACUUGAACAGACCAAGACCAACAUGGGAAGAAGUAAAAGAACAACUAGAAAAGAAGAAGAAGGGUUCUAAGGCCCUAGCAGAAUUUGAGGAAAGGAUGAAUGAGAACUGGAAAAAAGAACUGGAAAAACAUAGGGAGAAAUUGUUAGGUGGAAGUGAGAGUACUUCCAGAAAGAAAGAGAAAAAGAAAAAAGAGAAGAAGAAAUCCAGUAGGUUGUCUCCAUCUUCCUCCUCCUCAUCAAGCUCUGAUUCUUCCAGCAGUUCUUCUGAUUUUGAAGAUGAGGAUAAGAAACACGGGAAAAGGAGAAGAAAGAAAAGAUACCGCUUCUCACGAAAAUCAUCAGACAGCUCUAGUUCAGGUUCUGAAUCGGACAGCAAGGACAGCUUGAAAAAUAGAAGGCCAAAAGAAGACUAUGAAAGAGAAAAGGAAACCAAAACCCUUGGUAGGAAAAGGAAAAAAGCAGAUCGUGGGGAUGAUUUGUCGUUGUCAGACUCCUCAUCAGAAUCUGAGCAUACAGAUGAGGUACAAGCAAAGAAGAAGAAGAGCAGUGAAGAAAAAGAGAAAAAUGAAAAAACAAAAAAACGAAAGAAGCACAAGAAACAUGGAAAAAAGAAGAAAAAGAAGGCAGCUAGUUCAAGUUCUUACUCAGAAUAACAUCAAUCAAGACUUUUUUCUUAUCAAAAGUGCAAUGAGACUAGAGAGAACUGCGACUGUGAAAAUUAUGAACUACCAACUGCAUGAGCUCUCCUGUGUGUUAACAAUAUUUUAGAUUUUCAGCUUGCCCAGUGUCAUUGGGCUGGAAAUAGCCAUUGUUGUUGCCUGAUGCUUAAUAUAUACAUAGUACCCCUCUCCCCCCAUCUAGCAGCUGGUGUUAAAUGUUUUGAAGUCCUGCUCAUGGUUUAAAUAAGACAACAGCAUGGUGAAAUUGGGUUUAUAUAAAAAGGGUUUGCCCAUUCCUGGGUUUCUACUUCUUCUCUAAUGUAGAUGUAGCCCAUGCAGCCAGGAUUCCCCUUAUAUUACAAUAAAAGGAAUUCAAGCAUAUAAAGAAAUGCACAUGUGGAUCAGCUCCAUCUGCUGUAAUGAAUGGGGCAAUCCUAAAGACAGCAGUUCAGAAUUGCAUAUGCACCAGGAUUGUUUUGUUUACCCAUAAGCUGAAUUAGGGCAUUUUAUCUUUAAUAGAUUGGUGCUGAAAUUUAAUUUUCUAUUGCAAAAUAAUAUGCAGAAUUCUUCAUAAAAAGUAAACAUAAAGUGACACCUGUGACAUUUCAUGACUACUGAUGCCAUUUUAAAAGCUGAAACAUGCCAGUGACAAAUACAAGGUUACUUUUGUAGAUACUGUAAUAUAAUUUUGCUCUUGCUUUUUGGGGUAAGACAGGGAUGCUUGUGCUCUCAUGGACUAGAGAGAGUGUUUUGAUCCUUUUUGAGAGCAGUAGUGUUUGCUGAUACUUUCACUGUGCUUUCAAGGAUAGAUUCCGUUGCCUUUUUCUUUCUGAAUAUGCAGUAGAACCCACUGGAAACUUUUCCUGUGCAGGCCUUGCUAAAUUAAAUGGAUGUUGCAAAAGAGCAGUUGUGCUAAUAAUUGUUAAUGCAAAGGUAGACAUGGAAUGUUUAGGUAGCUGCCCCACUCAUAUAUCAAGGGCAGGGGAGGGAGGGGGAAGUCUAAUUUUUAGAACAAAAGGUGUGCAAAGCUAAUGAGAGGUGAAUGUCGUAGCCUUCCCCACCUUACUUUUUUGCUUCCACCUAUGCUGGUUCACUUCUGGUAUUGGAGCUGAACUGGGAGAAAAGUGCCUGUAGCAAAGCCUGGGGGAGUGUUGCGGGAGGGGGCUGAGCUACACUCAUAAUAUUUACUGUAAAAAUUAGACCCUGUCCCAUUCCCUGCCUUAUAUGAGAGCAGGUCAGGCAACAAAUGUGGCUACCCAUUCUCAUCUAGUUUGGUCCUCAGUUUAUUCUGAACCAGUAGUAUAUGCUGCUGAGGUGUGCAGAAACACUAGCCUAUUGCAGCGUAGCUGGCACUCAAAAAGUGAGGAUUUCCACCACUGAAUAAAAAUAAUCCUGAGUACUGUGCUAUUAGUACCUAUUACCAUUAUUUGAGGUGAUAUUGCAUUUAAUUGAACAUUUCUGACAUUUUUAAAAUUUGUGUUCUCAUUAAGAUAUUUAGAAUUAAUGUUCUGCAUGAUUUUGUACCAUUUAAAAAUUAACCAAUAGAGGAAUACAGUUGUAAUCAGUGUUUUUUAUUAAGUUCCACAUGCAGCAUUACUUAUAGGUAAUAGUUCAUAUUGCAUCCAAGCUUAUGUUUAAAUGCACAUUUGCUGAAGACAUUUAGCAUGUAAAAAGCUGAGGGGAUGAUGGCAAACAGCUUCAUAUUGAAGCUGCCUUUACAUAAGUUCAGUGGCAGACUGGUUAUGCAACUAUGUCUUGAUAUAAAAAAAAUACUGCCAGACACUUAGUAAAAAUAUGUUUUAAGUUUC